CUGCCUCGUAUAUUUCAGUUUACCUGAAGGUUUUACCGAGACACGCGCCUACGUCGCGACACACUCCUCGAAUAUCCGAAAUUAAUUGCAUUUUAUCGCUGGAUUUUUAUCACCAUUUAACGACGAAUAAAUUGGUCGAUUAAUCGAGUCGAUAUCAAUAUAUAAUUUGGAAAAAUUAAAAAUACCAAGUUACGUAUUAAUUUCGUAUAAUUGUAAAAAAAUUUUUUUAAACAUCAAAUUUCACUGCGGUUCGUCUCUGAGAUAAUUAAUUUUCAAUUGAUAUUUCCACAAAACGAUUCUCAAUUUUAAUCCCUGUGAGUGUGCGUGUGUACGCGGGUUUGACUUUUUAUUCGUAAGGAUCCAUUCUCUCUCGUUUUUUGAAAACGAUAAAAUAUUUCAUGAGAAUUGAAUUAAAAAAAUAAAUAAACAAAUAAAUAAAUAAAAACAAAGUUGUAAGACAAGAAAAACCGAUGGGACCGCAAGUUAUACUCGUAACUGGAUAAAUUCAUUCAUGCAGAGAUCGCAACUGAUCGCCACUGAAAGACAAACGAAAUGAGGUGAAAACUUGGCAACAGAUUUAUCCAGCUACUUCGUUUUGGAAAGAAAAAAUUUUUCCCACCAUCUUGAAAACGGAAAUGGCGCUGAGAAGAGCAUCGUUCCUGAUAAUAUUAUCGGCGGUGAAGUUGUCUCGAUGCGCAUUGGUGCUUCCGCGUCCUCCACACUCGCCGAAUUCUAUCGAGCGGAGUAUCGCGGGUCGAAUAUUGGAUGGAAAAUCGUUGUACAACGAUAAGUCUUCGUUCGGGAGUACGACGAGCGUAGAGAAGCCAAGCACGGACAACUUUCGGCUCUUGGAGAUCGAGCUGCGUUCCGGAAGUUCAUUGGAAGGCGUCGAGAAGUCACCGAGUAGCGUCAAGCUGGACGUUUUUGACCAGAAGAUCUCGUCGAUGCCGGGCGAAAUCGGCCCCAAUGAAGAAAAACUCUACUAUCUCAAGCAGGCGGGCCGAAAACGGACCAGCUGGGAGCCCAGAUCCUACCUGAAAGCUCUCCUCGAGGGUGAGAAACGCUACGCCAUCACCAAGAGCCUCUUUCACCCCCGGAAGAAGUACGGGAGGAUCGUCGACGCCGUGGGAAACGGCCAACUCGAGGCCUCCACCACGGAGAAUUCACUCCCCACGUCCAGUGAACUUCCAAAACAGAUUCCAGCACCACCUAGCAGGGUGCCAAGUCAUACGGUUUUCGCCCAUACAACUCCGGUAGUCAAAUUCAUGUACGGGAGGUCGGAUAUACUUCCUGGUUAUAAAUUUUGAGGAAGGCCUAGGGAAUUUUUGAAAUUUAUUUUAUAACUAGAUAACCGGUAAUAGGAUUCGAUUGGGGGUUGGUUCGUUGUUAGUCAAAAGUAUGAAGGUCGAGGUUCAUUUGCAUGAUAUUUUUACCAGCAACGAUCAACGGGAAGCGUUGCUUCUGAUAAAAAAAAAAUCUAGUAACGGAAGCUCGAUUUACAUACUUUUGAAUAAAACAAACCCCAAAUCGAAUUGGAUAAUUGCUUCUCGAAAUAUAAAUUCCUAAUUUUUAGGUGCUUUUAGGCCGAUUCGUUUUGAUAUCGGGAUACAUGAAAUUCGAAAUGGCGGAUCAAGCCUCGAAGAAUCGUUUCAUUUUUGUAGAAAUUUAUUUAAAACGGUUUUUAGAACUUUAGUUUUUCGCAAUAUUCAUGCGAGAUUCGCGACCACCGACUUAAGAAGCUUCUGGAACAGAUUUUAUCUCCAAAAUUAUUCAAGGAUUUGUUAUCGCGUUAGAUGAUAUGACAACACGACGUGGAAUUUUCCACAAAGUGUGAAACACAAAUAUUGUCGAGAAGAUGGGAAAUAAAUGGACGUAAACAAGUUGAAACUUGGUAACCUGAAUACGUGAGAAGAUAACGCCGGUCAAUUUUAACGGCUACUGAUCGAACUAUGUACAAAUUUACCGAUUAAGCCGAUUGUUUGCACUUAACGAGGAGAAAAAUAUUCAUUUAUUCAAAAAAUGAACAAAUGAAUAUUACGAUUCUGUGAGAAUAGGAAUUCAGUGAAAAAAAUUGAGUAUACAUAUAAUUGAUCGUUUCUUGGAGUAGGGUUUGUGUGAAAAAUAUGUCAACUCGUUCCUUAAUUCCUUCAACUCUUUGCCCAAGUUAAUUCGUACCUUUGCCAAUAUUCCUUACAUUACAGAAACCUACGUGAGGAUGGUUACCGACCUUAAAAAACAUUUGUUGAAGUUAGCUGUGAUUACGAUUACGUAGAUUAAAAGUUCUUUUUUUUUUCCUUCUUUGCCUUAUCAUUACGGUAAAAAAAAGUAGAGAGGAAAGAAAAAUUACCCAGACUUUAUCGCCCUCCGAUCAAUUUCUUAUCACGGUAACAUAAAUAAUACCUGGUUAAAAUAAGAUUAUGCACCUGCGAUUUCAUCGGGUAAUUAUACAGAAUUACGUAUAAUAAUACGCAGCGAUUAUAUUACUAUUGUGAUUCGUAACUUUUCUACGUUUCUCCGUGUCGACGUGUGUAAUCGUACCUUUUAUUUAUGUAAACAUGAACAUUACAUGCCUGACUGUUAUGCCUAUAUACAUAUAUAUACCUAAUACCUGUUACGUACGUAUGAGAAAAUAUUCGGUAUAACUGUAAUAUAUUAAUUAUUGUUCAAUAAAACACGGAUAAGAUGGUUA